AUGUUGAGAAAGGCUUUAAAUAUUCUAUUAAUUAUGGCUCUUUUGCCACUAAUCAGUCUGGCCACCGAUCCUGAACCUGAGGAGAUCCUACACCAAUAUCGAGCUUCUCCAAAACUCACUGGUCCUGUCAAGCUCCUGCACGAUCCACAGGAUGUCAUUCUCAAUACCUUGGACGCAGCUCUGGAAAAGAUCUCCACCAUCUACAUGCAGGCUUUGUUUGCUGGAACUCACUCCCCGGAGCUGGAAGCGCCACUGCGAGCCCUGGAAGUUGAACUAUUUGACCUACUGGAUCAGCUCUAUAAGCAGAAUCGUCUCAAGGACUAUAUGAAGUACGAGGCGGAAGUGACGCGACAAAUGAUUAUCUACAAUAUGCUCAAGAGACUGUUUGGUUACACACAGGAUGAUGUGGAUGUCGCUGAAGGGACCUUCUGA